AGAGAGAGAGAGAGUAGAGAGAUAAAGGAAGAGAAGAAAGAAAGGCUGAAAAGUUUUUUUAAGAAAAUAGUGUCAAAGGCAAAGGAGAUUGAGUCUCAUUUACGCCAAAUGGGUCGUCCUAUUUGCAAUUUUGAUAAUUCCUUCUCUCACCCAUUACUAUAAAAGAAGUCAUACUUUCUCUCUUUCAUAUACACACACCCACACACACCCUCGCUCAAUUUCUCUCUCUCUCUCUCUCUCUCUCUCUCUCUCUCUUAAACACACCCUUUUUAUUUAUUAUCUAAUCAAUUACUUUAUUUCCUUCUUGUUCUUGUUCCCUCUCUUGUUCUUGUUAAUCAGCUUUGUCAUAUUCCCAUAUACUUUUCAAUGGACUAUAAAAGCACCCAAUGAGUUUGGUUCAACGGUAGCUCAAUUGGGUUGAGUUCAGCUUUGGGUCAUAUAGGUCUCAGUUUUCUUAUUUAGGCCUCUCUCUCUCUCUCUCAGUACAAAAAAACAAACAAACACACAGACAUAUCAUAUAACAUAAUUUAUAUGGAGAAGCUUAACUUUGUUAAAAAUGGUGUGCUAAGAUUACCUCCUGGCUUUCGGUUCCACCCAACUGAUGAAGAGCUUGUUGUUCAGUACUUAAAGAGAAAGGUCUUCUCUUACCCUUUACCUGCUUCAAUCAUCCCUGAAGUUGAUGUUUGCAAGUCCGACCCCUGGGAUUUACCAGGUGAUUUGGAGCAAGAGAGGUACUUCUUCAGCACAAGAGAAGCCAAGUACCCUAAUGGGAACAGAUCAAACAGGGCAACAGGUUCUGGUUAUUGGAAGGCAACUGGGAUUGACAAGCAAAUUUUAACUUCUAGAGGUAACCAUGUUGUGGGGAUGAAGAAGACUCUAGUUUUUUACAGAGGAAAACCUCCACAAGGCACUAGAACUGACUGGAUUAUGCAUGAGUAUCGCCUUGCUAAUACUACUAAUAAUCCUCAAACCAAAGCAACACCAGAGAAGAGCUUGCACCAGAGUCCUGUGGUAGUAGCACCAAUGGAAAGUUGGGUUCUUUGCCGGAUAUUUUUGAAGAAAAGAGGAAAUAAAAAUGAAGAUGAGAACUUGCAAACUGGUGUGGACCAUAUAGUUGUUCGAAAAGUUAAAUCUACUACUAAGCCUGUAUUUUAUGAUUUCAUGACAAAGGAGAAGAAAAGGGCUGACUUGAAUCUAGCCCCAACAUCUUCAUCUUCUGGUUCUAGUGGAGUGACUCAAGUGUCUUCUAAUGAAUCAGAAGAGCAUGAAGAAAGCAGUAGUUGCAAUAGUUUCCCUUAUUUUAGAAGAAAGCAGCAGCAGCAGGAGUAGAACAACAACAACAACAACAACAACAACAAGUUCAAUGAAAUUAUCCAAGAUUAGCAGCCUCAGUCAUAUGUACCAGUAAAAUCUCAAAUCAAGUUUCUGGAUUUUCUCAAUUAGAAAAUAACCCAUCUAAAGGAAAUCCAGACUUUGAUCUUUCUUAAAAAUUUCAGGUUCUCUUGUUUGUGAUUGUCACUUUAUCAAUCAAGUAGACAAAAAAAAAAAAAAAAGCAAUCGGCAUUAACUUGUACUCGGUAAUGUGAAGAGCAAUGGAUGAAGUUAACAAAUCAUGGUGAGCAGAUUUUAUGUUAAUAUAUAUAUAUAUAUAUAUAUAUAUAUAUAUAUAUAAAUAAACACUACUCAAAAACAACAACAACAGCAACAACAAAAAAGUCUGGUUUGUAUUCUUGGAACAAUCUGCAUUAUUUAUUUAUUAUUUAUUUUUAAAAAAGAAA